AUGGGAAGCCAGAUUACCAACAAAAACCAACCACCUAAACAAAACCUGGUAGACAUUAAAGUCUUUUUCAUUUGUCUUGAGUAUUUCGGUGGAGCAGGAGGGGAAGGGGUUAUUUUUCAAACUCCUGAAGGGUUGCUUUCUACUGAACAAGGUGUUUACAUUGCUGAAUCUGUUGCAACUAAGAACACAAAACAACCAAAAGGGCGUUUUAGGCUUUACGAUAAUAGUGAUGGCCCUGACCAAAUGAAUUCUAAUCAUACUGUAAGGCGUGAGCCCUCUAGCAAAGAGGUUACUGGAGUGGCGAAAAAAGAUGGUGGAAAAUCAUCAAAGAAAGCUGAUAAUAAAGAUAAGGGAAAAAGUGCAAAGGAAGAGGCACGGGAGGUGCAGCUAAGGGAGGAAGCAUGUAUACGUGAAAAGGUCAUGGUUGUAAAAGAGAAUCUUUCUUCAAUGUUGAAAGCUCUGGGAGAAAUGGCCAUAGCUAAUCCUGUUUUCACUCACAGUCAGUUACCUUCCUUGGUGAAGUUUACCAAUCCUCUACUACGGUCACCAAUAGUUGGUGAUGUAGCGUAUGGAACGCUGGUGAAGCUUUCGAAGUGUACUGCUGCUCCUCUUUGUAACUGGGCUCUUGAAAUUGCAACAGCAUUAAGGUUAAUUAUGUCAGAGGAUGUUAAUGUCUUAUGGGGUCAAAUUCCUUCUGCUGGUGAGGAGGUAUCAAAUGAAAGGCCUGGUCUCUUUGAGCGUGUGACAAAUGGCUUAUCCGUCUCUUGCAAAACUGGUUCUAUCCCUGUGGAUUCGUUUACUUUUGUUUUCCCUAUAAUGGAGAGAAUAUUGUUAUCUCCCAAGAAGACCAGACUUCAUGAUGAUGUUCUCAAGAUAAUAUUCUUGCAUUUGGAUCCGAUUUUACCCCUACCUAGAGUUCAAAUGCUCUCAGUUCUUUACCAUGUCCUGGGUGUUGUUCCUGCUUAUCAAGCAUCUAUUGGACCGGCACUAAAUGAGUUAUGCCUUGGGCUGCGAUCAGCUGAAGUGGCAUCUGCUCUAUCUGGUGUUUAUGCUAAAGAUAUCCAUGUAAGGAUGGCUUGCUUAAAUGCUGUGAAAUGCAUUCCUGCUGUGUCUCGUCGUUCUGUCCCUCAAAGUAGUGAAAUUGCCACCCGCAUCUGGCUUGCUUUACAUGAUCCUGAAAAGUGUGUUGCCGAAGCUGCUGAAGACAUCUGGGAUCAUUACGGAUAUGACUUAGGGACGGACUACUCAGGCAUCUUCAAAGCUCUUUCCCAUGUUAAUUAUAAUGUGCGAGUGGCUGCUGCUGAGGCCUUGGCUGCUGCUUUAGAUGAAAGUCCAGAUACGAUACAGGAAUGUCUUUCAACGUUAUUUUCUUUGUACAUCCGUGAUGUUGGUUCUGGUGAAGACACCAUCGAUUUUGGCUGGAUAGGCAGACAAGGAAUAGCAUUGGCUUUACUUUCUGUGGCAGAUGUUCUUAGAGCAAAGGACCUUCCUGUUGUUAUGACAUUCCUAAUUUCAAGGGCACUGGUACUAAUUUCUUUUUUCUGA